GAUACCAUGAAGUUCGAUUUGGCCUCGACAAUGCGACUGUGCAACCACGUGCACAGUCUGUGACGAGAUGUCUACAUUGCAACCCUGGUAAAGAUGACUUACAAAACCCUCCUACAGCUGUGCCUCCAUUUAAGCUUUUCCGAGGCUAGGCGGAUAUAUAGCCGAUGCACAUCACACCCCGCACAUGCAAGCCCGAGAUCGUGGCUCAAUCAACGUUGACAGAUCUACAAACACGACUACCAACUAAUGCCAUUGCAAAGGUGAAGCAAGACUUACAGAAAGGUACAUACAAUACUACUUGCCAUCAAAGUGCUAAACUUCAAACACCUUCACCAUGUAUUCCUCAACCGACCUGCCACCACUGCCACUACCUUCCGGAGUAACCGAGAACUAUGUUCAUUGCCCAUCAAAUGGCCUCACAUUUCACAUCCUGGAGGCAGGAUAUACACCGCAGCGCGACCGACCUCUGGUCAUCUUGAUCCAUGGAUAUCCCGAGCUCGCCUUCUCAUGGAGGAAGAUUAUGGGCCCGCUUGCUAAUGCAGGCUACUAUGUCGUUGCCUUCGACCAACGAGGAUAUGGACGUACCGCAGGCUGGGACAACUCGCCUUUCGGUAAAACUGAUAUGUCUCAGUUCACGUUGACCACGAUUGUUCGCGACGUCGUUACCCUUGUCCAUGCCCUGGGCUACCGUGAGGUCAACUGCAUCACGGGACACGACUUUGGCGCCGUCACCGCAAGUCUGAGUGCUCUCAUCCGUCCAGAUCUGUUCAAGAGCUGCAUCAUGAUGAGCCAUCCCUUCAAAGCGCCAGCAGCUCUGCCCUUCAAUCUUCGUAACGGAGACGAGCCGCCCGCAGCACCAGUCGACAUACAAGCAGAGCUCGCCAAGCUACCAGAACCGAGAAAACACUACAAGUGGUACAACAGCACCAGCGAAGCUGGCCCUCAAUGGAACAACCCUCCUCAAGGCAUGCAAGCGUACUUGCGAGGCUACUUGCACGUUAAGUCCGCCGAUUGGAGCAACAACAACCCUUCGGCGCUCAAGGAGUGGUCUGCAGAAGAACUAGCGAAGAUGCCUUACUACUACAUUAUGCCGCUCAACAAAUCAAUGCCAGACACCAUCGCCGACAUGAUGAAGACCGAAGACGCAUCUGCGACCAAGCGCUGGAUGCCUGAUGAUGACCUAGGUGUCUACGUUCAAGAGUGGUCGAGAACUGGCUUCCAGGGUGGACUCAACUUUUACCGCACGACGACAGACCCGGCCAAAAAGAAGGAUCUCGAACUGUUCGCUGGCAAGAAGAUUGAAUGCCCAAGUAUCUUUAUCUCUGGAAAGCAAGAUUGGGGCAACUACCAGGAACCUGGAGCCAUUGAAGACUACCCAAAGUCUUGUUCUGAUUUCCGAGGUGCCAGGUUCAUCGAUGGCGCAGGUCACUGGCCGCAGCAGGAACAGCCGGAGAAGGUCGUUAAAGAGAUGUUGCAGUUUCUUGGCAACCUCUGAUCUCGCGUCCGCCCUUGGUUUGAGGCACGGGCUGGUCCUCGAGAUCGUCUUCCGUUUGCGUACAUGAAACACACCUUCGUUCAUCAUCAUCAGCCCACCACCAAUUGUGAUGACAGCUGCAAUUGAGCUACGAGAUGUAGUCUCUGGUACAACUUCUGGGAUCUUUCAACACAGUAGUGACCGUGGUUACCGGCAAGGCUGUGCCAAAACUGUUACUUUCACCUCGUAAGUCAUUCCUGCGACGAGAGUGAUGUCAUCGCAUGCCAAUUCACUGCCGCGGACCGAGAAUCGUAAAUGUUGUG